UUUAAAGAUGUCAUUUUUAAAAACAUAUUGAAAUAAAUAUACUUUUAAUCAUUUCUUUGCCUUGUUGUUCUUUCGUGAUUGAAUACAGCUCAAGACGACAGCAGUAACAGAAGAAGCAGUGAAAGGGUUAAAUCAGUCCAGCUUGUAUGUGACUCAUGAUGUGAGGACAGCGGCUAAUUCAGGAGGGUUAUGGACAAUCUGGAUGUCUCCUGGUCGGAGCCCAGAUCGCUUCUGCGGGCGGCAGCAGUGAUCAACGUGAGCCUGACUAAGGACACAGAGCUUGGGAUGUCCAAGAGGACUCAGCUGGUCCUGGAGAUUCUUAUGGUGCUGAUGUGUUUGGGCGCUGUGACAGGUAAUAUCCUUGUCAUUGUUAUUGUGGCUGCAACCAAGACUUUCCACUCUGUGACAUCAGUGCUGAUCAUGAACUUGGCCAUCAGUGACCUGCUGGUGGGCAUCGGAGUCAUGCCUUUUGUUGCUCUGUCUAUCAUGAACCAUGGAUGGGUGGAUUUUAGGGACCUCUGUUUGUACGUGGGUUACACCUCCUCUGUGUACUGCACAGCCUCUGUACUCACACUAGCCGCUAUUGCCCUUGACCGCUACCACUCCAUCAUAGACUGCCUGCGCUACAGCUCCCGAUGCACCCUGUGGAGGAUCUGUGCUGUGGUGCUGUGGAUCUGGCUGCAGGCCUUGGCCACCAGUUCUCCUCCACUGCUGGGCUGGGGCUCCAUCAGCUUUGUGGUUCCAAUGUACAGCUGUGCAGUCAACUGGGCCAGCAGUCCCAGCUACACUGCUUUCAUGGCUGCGCUCUCCUACCUCCUACCUGCAGCUGUCAUCCUCUUCUGCUAUGUGAACAUUGUCAAGGUGGCCCGCAGCCAUGCCAGGAGGAUUCAUACACUGGAGGACUCUGUCCAGCGCAGCAGGAAUCCAUGCUCUGCUUGUCCUCCCGAUGACUCAUCUCAGCAGCACUGUGAGAGCCUCCACAGCCCCUCCACACUCAUCUAUCACGUAAGUGGACAGUUUGUAUCUGAAGUCACUACAGAGGAGAGGGAUUUUAUCAACUCUGCUCUUCCAGGUGCUACUACAGAGCAGAGCAACCCAGCAUGCAGACGUUUUUUCUCCUUUCUGGCUCAGAGCACCUCCCAGGCGACUCUGCAGAACUCCCAGCAGCACAAUCACGGAGUGUUGCGUCUCUUCAUGGUCAUCUCAGCUUUCUUUCUCUGCUGGACACCAUACAUAGGCGUGGCCCUGAUUCAGGCCACAGAAACUGCUAUUUCAGGCCGAUCCAACCUUGUCCCUGCCUCUGUUGUUACUUUUUCCUACUGGCUGGUGCUGCUGAACUCUGAUAUCAAUCCUCUAUUGUAUGCUCUGCUUAGCAAGCGUUUCCAGAACGCUCUGGAGGGACUGAGGCAAAAAAUAAGAGCUCGUCUGGGCAGAGUGGUGGGCAGAGAAGGGGAGGUCAGAGCGGAGGGGGAUGAAGGCAGGAGCAGUGAUCCAUGCACUCUGACCACCACCAAUCCCAGCCCGCCCUCCAGCUUAGAAAGUGUGACCACUGACAAUUCAAAGUAUUCCUCCUCCAUUUUUACUGUUAGCACUGACUUCAAACAUCAUUCUGAUGAACAUCUAUGGAAGGUGUGUCAUCCAGAAAAUACCCCCCCACCCUCCGUGUGGCAGGAUGCUGCUGGUGACAGAGUGGACCACCUGCAGGUCCCCUCUCGACCACAAGAGAGCAGCAGACUUCCUUUUUCUGCUCUGACUGAGGAGCGACAGGCCACUUUUUUCUAUGGCCAGAUAACAGUCAGAGUGGAGCAUGAUAUUUGUUGACCUGAUUUCUGCAGAGAAUGUGGCUGAAAGAAAAUCAGCUGUCUCCUCAGACUGCAAUUAACAAUUAUUUAUUUGUUUUGUACACAUAUUUUCUCAAUAAAUCACGAUUUGUUUGGUCUGUAAAGGUCAAAAAAGGGAAA